AUGCUUUACACAUCUAUUCUCGUUGCUCUUGUUCCUUUCGCAGUGGCUGGUCCCAUUGCUCCCCGAACCGGCCUUGGAGGUGGACUCCCUGGUCUAGGAGGCGGCUCUGGCUCUGGCCUCCCUAGCCUUCCUGGUCUUGGAGGAGGUGACUCUGGUUCUGGCUCUGGUCUCCCUAGUCUGCCUGGCCUUGGAGGUGGUUCCGGUUCUGGUCUCCCCAGUCUCCCUGGUCUUGGAGGCGGUUCUGGAUCUGGUGGUUUGCCUAGCCUCCCAGGCCUCGGAGGCGGCUCUGGCUCUGGUUCUGGUCUGCCCAGCCUUCCAGGUCUUGGAGGUGGCUCUGGCGGUCUCCCCGGACUCGGAGGAGACGACUCUUCAGACGAUACCCCCAGCGCCACUGCCCCCAGCGUUGUGGCUCCCACUGCUUCCCCUCAGACCUCCCCUACUGCCCCCAGCAGCUCUACCGGAGGAUCUACUGAUGCGGAUGGCUCUGCUGCUCGCCGUGGUAUCUUUGAUGGUGCUUCAUCUGGAGGUGCAUCGGACUCUCCCUUUGGUAACUUCCUGGGCGGUGCCGGUGGCUCUUCUUCAGGUGGUGCAGGUGGCUCUACCAUGAACGACCUCAGCGGCGAGUGUAAGGACGUAACUGUCAUCUUUGCCCGUGGUACUACUGAGGCUGGUAACGUCGGCACAGCUGCAGGACCUCCCUUCUUCAAGGCCCUCGGCGAGAAGAUUGGCCAGGACAAGCUCGCCGUUCAGGGUGUUGACUACAGCGCCAGCAUUGCUGGUAUUAUGCAGAUGGGCGACAAGGCCGGCUCUGAGAAGAUGGCGAGCCUUGUCACGGAGGCUGUUAAGAAGUGCCCCAAGACCAAGAUCGUCAUGUCUGGAUACUCUCAGGGAGCCAUGCUGGUGCACAACGCUGCCAGGGCUCUUCCUGCUGAGACCACAGCCAAGGUUGCUGCCGUUCUCAACUUCGGCGACCCUUUCCAGAGACAGGCCAUCCAGGGCGUCCCGGCUGACAGGGUCAAGAUUAUCUGCCACGCAGGCGAUGGUGUUUGCGCCGGUACUGCUGCCAUCACACCCGACCACCUUACCUACAGCAAGGAUGCUGGCGCUGCUGCUGAUUUUGUUGCCAGCAAGGUGCAAUAA